AUGGAGAAGUCACAAAUUAAGGCUGAAGAGGAUACGUACUAUCCUUCCAUACCAGACUCACAGACAGCGGAGCCAACUGGCAGUACAGUAUACAGUGGUGAACCGACAGCACGUGCAAACAUGAAUGGGUCACAUAUGAUGAAUACAAAUCAAAGUGUUUUCCCUACAAUUCCGGGGGGACCAGUUAAAACGUUGACUAUGGAGCAGGUUGACCCAUCGACACUGGAAGACGAUUCCGAUUCAGAUGACGGAUUAAGAGCAAUGGGUAUCGGGAUUAAACCCGGAAAAAAGACAAAAGGACGAGUUAAGAUUAAAAUGGAAUUUAUUGAAAACAAACUGAGACGAUAUACGACAUUCAGUAAACGGAAAACAGGAAUUAUGAAAAAGGCAUAUGAGCUAUCUACCCUGACGGGUACCCAGGUGAUGUUAUUGGUUGCCAGUGAAACAGGCCACGUUUACACCUUUGCCACCCGUAAACUUCAACCCAUGAUCACCAGUGACAGUGGUAAAGCUCUUAUACAGACCUGUUUGAACUCACCAGAUCCACCUCCGGGUUCUCAGGCUGCACAAGUCAUUGAACAACGAAUGAACCCAACAGGAUUUGAGGAGACGGAACUCAGCUACGCAGUUAGUGAAGAAGAAAGUAAGCUGGACAGUGCAAUUAAACCUGUUCUAGCAGUGGGAACCCUUCCCCCUGGCCUGCCUGAGCCAGGAUUUGUCCAGUCCUCCCAAAGUCAAGGGAUAGUGGUCAGCAGCUCCCCGCCUGCAUCAGCCUCCUCUUUCCUCACACAGCCUGUGUCAACUACUGCCACACCAACCACACAAGCAACUUACACCCCAUACACAUCACCCAACAAGGCAGCUACCAUGCAGCUCUCCGGCCUCCCAGCAGGAGCUGUCUUAGUCCCUCCAGGUACACCAUUGAUUCCUCUUCAACAAAAUGGCCAACAGAUUACCUCGACAGCUCAACAGACAACACAAACAGUUUAUCGAAUUCCCAACACAAACCAACUUGUCACGAUACCAAACAAUUCUUUAGGCCAGUUUGAUAUAUUACCAUCAGAGGCAGGUCAAAACAAUGGUGUUUCCUCCAUCACAGGCAGUGCAUCAAGUCAAGGUGGUCAGCAGAUAAUCACAAUACCUGUUCCUGUAUCACUGUCAGGGACAUCACCACAGGUACUUCAGUUGAGUGCUCCUCUGGAUAGCAGUCCCGGCUCAAUCACACUUAGCCAACCUACUGCAGCAAAGCGAUCACGCAAAUGACUUUUGUAGCUGCAGUGUAGCUUUUUUGUAUCAGAACAGUUAAUGCAGUAUUUUGGAGGCUACAAUGUUUGGUGCUGACAAAUCCGUGUCAUGGAUAAGAGGAGAUCUGCCAUGUGUAAGAGUUGACAUAGGUACAGACAGUACAGAGACAACUAAUCCUGUCAGUCACGUGGGUGUGUCUCUGAUGUAUCAACAGUUACCACGCUGAAGGAUACACAAGACAGGUGUCUGAUCCCAUCAGUUAGUAAGAUGUGUCUCUGAUGUAUCAACAGUUACCACGCUGAAGGAUACACAAGACAGGUGUCUGAUCCCAUCAGUUAGUAAGAUGUGUCUCUGAUGUAUCAACAGUUACCACGCUGAAGGAUACACAAGACAGGUGUCUGAUCCCAUCAGUUAGUAAGAUGUGUCUCUGAUGUAUCAACAGUUACCAUGCUAAAGGAUGCACAAGACAGGUGUCUGAUCCCAUCAGUUGGUAAGAUGUGUCUCUGAUGUAUCAACAGUUACCACGCUGAAGGAUACACAAGACAGGUGUCUGAUCCCAUCAGUUGGUAAGAUGUGUCUCUGAUGUAUCAACAGUUAACAUGCUGAAGGAUCACAUGACAGGUUAACUGUACCAGAAGCCCUAGCCUAGGGGCAUACUUCAGUCAUUCAAAAUCAUGUAAACAAUUUCACCUAACUAUGCAUUUCCCAAAGACUUCAAUAUCAGACCAGUGAAGGGGCCAACAAACUGAGAUAUUCACCCUCCUGUGGAUGAGAGAUCUAAAACAUCUGGGAAAGAUUUCCUAUCUUUCAAAUCUUUCUUUGAGUUAGGAUCAGCCGAUGCUCACCUUGAAGGGAGUGAAAUAUCUCUGUUUCAUACUAAAAAUCUCCAUAUUACACUUGGUAAAGGUAGUUCAUGACACACAUGUAUGAGAAUAAUGUAAACAAUUAACAAUUUGGUCAUCUUUUUUAAGUUACAUUUCUGAAACUGUAAAAUGGCAGUCAAAUACUAGUUAGUUGGAAGCAUGAUGUUACAUGGGAAUUUACUGUUAAAUCAUUGGAAGUUGCUGGACUGAUAGAUAUGAUCAAGAAUUCCAUAUUACUUUUGCUAUACAAUAGCACUAUAUUUUUUCUAUCCUCUCCUUGGUCUUUGUACAUGGUUCUUAGCAGGAGACAACUGGGGUCCACCCACUGCCAUAUAUACAAUUUCUUCCCAUAAGGAAACAAACACACUCAUUAUGUUGGCUAUGGGGACCUUUGGUUCAGGGUUUAUAUCAUAAAAAACACUGAACUUUCUCACCCAAUAACAAAUGCUUCUGUACAGGCUCAGGGCCUGUGGCUACCCUGUGUGACCUAGUCCCUGGGAUAUCACCACAGAUACUGUACAGGCUCAGGGCCUGUGGCUACCCUGUGUGUCCUAGUCCCUGGAAUAUCACCACAGAUACUGUGCAUGAAGCUCAGGGCCUGUGGCUACCCUGUGUGACCUAGUCCCUGGGAUAUCACCACAGAUACUGUACAGGCUCAGGGCCUGUGGCUACCCUGUGUGUCCUAGUCCCUGGAAUAUCACUACAGAUACUGUGCAUGAAGCUCAGGGCCUGUGGCUACCCUGUGUGACCUAGUCCCUGGAAUAUCACCACAGAUACUGUGACUUAUUUUUUGAGGGAUUCUAUCAUUCUUUGUUUUUGAACAUGGAGCUUUAAAAACAACUCCAUGAUUAUCUUUCCCCUGUACAUGAUCACUGUUACAGAACACUUGGAAAACAAUGGAGUGUAUCAGAAAGGUACAUUACUGCUAAUUUGAAAACUAUUCCUGCCUUCUUCGCACAUAUUUUAGAUUGUGAUAUCCCUCCUCAGAGCACUACAGUAAGAGUGCACUGAUUUAAAUACACAUACAGUAUUUUAACAAUAAAUGAAAAACUAUUGUAGUAAUGUUUUUCUUUUUUUAGAAUGGAAAAUAUCUGAUGGCUGACCUACAAACAUGCUAUUUCACUUUUGGUGGACUGGUGCACUAUAUUUAGUUAUAUCACACCUACCUAAAGUUACCUGUGUUUUCUCCUUGUCCUGCUUCCUGUAGAUUGUUUGCUUGGUUUAUUGGCCCUUCAACAGCCAAGGUCAUUUUUAAAAUGAAGUCUUCUAGGAAUUGCUGUUGCUACCUCACUGAACAAUAUGCAGGAGGCCCACCACAAGCCAUCCAGUCAAUUUGGGUAAAGUAUCUUGCCUAAUGACACAAUCAUGGCAACAGUAGACAGUCUGUGAUAUCAGCUUGCUGAGAAAUGCAAACUGCACUGAUGAAAAGGGUUUGAGUCAUACACUUGGGAUCUUUAUCUGGGAGGCUGAAUUGGACUGAUAAUCUACUGAGAUGUUGUGAUCUCAGCCCUGUAUACUAUGUUCACUUGUUACAUCAGCACCCUAUAACAUGUUAUUUUACAGAUUUCUAUUCUACAAAGAAUUUCAACCAUUCCAAAACUUCCUCGUGAAAAUAUUACCAUCGCCAUUAAAAGGUGACCAUUUAGCUACAUUUUAAAAUCUCAUUUAUAAUAUAAACAAUUAAUGAAAUGCCUUCUUUCACAAAGUUUCAAUAGAAAUUUAUAUUUUGUAAUACAAUCCAUAAAGUGUUUAAAAAAAUAAGAACUGAGAAAUAUAUCCUAGCUAAAACAUUUACGUUUUGGUAAUUUCUUUAAAGUACUUCUUGAUUUCUUGAAACACAUGUAGAAUUUUCCAAAUGUAGAAUAACAAACAAGUCUGGAUGAAGAAUGUCUGAAAGCAGAUGGAUUUUUUAAGAAAAUCCCCUUGAUCUGUUAACCAGACUGGAGUUUAUUUGUAUCAAGUUAAAUUAUGAUUUUAUAUACAGUAUUGGUAUGGCAUGAUGAUGUACACCCGUCUUUCUCUUAUAGUUUUCUAACCAGGAAUUAUGUCCCUUUAACUUUAUCAGUUAAGAAAAGCCGGUCAAGUAUUUGCUGUUUUCAUUGGAUUCACUUCAUAUAUAUUAAUGAUGAAAAUUCAACAGUCUAAGAACAACUUGAGGUUCUACAAUAUGCAUUUGUUCUGCUUCAUUUAACAAAAUUUAGAAUUAACUCCUUUCAGUUUUAACCAAAUUAGGUACUUAAUAUCUUGACAUUUAUGAUUUUUCGUUUUUAGUGGAGUGAUCUCCCUUCUGUUACUUAAAAAAGCUUGUGAAAUCAACUUGUUCAAUAGUUUUUAUCAGAUCAAUGUAGAUAAGAAAUUAUCAGAAAAUAAGUAUGAAACAUAAUACAGAAAUAAUAUUUACUAUAGGUGUGAAUGACCAAGAAUGUUCUGUUAUUUAACUUGUUUAACACACAUAUUCAACAUGAGUGAAAAAGAAAGUCCAGAGCACAGUUGAUUGGGAAAUUUUCUUCCUACAAGCACCAAGAUACUGUUGUAUAAAAUCUGUAGUGAAGAAUAACCAAGGAACAAAAUGUUAUCUUUGUAAAACGCAAAAAAAAAAGUACUGAACAAAUAAACAUGUUACAUCACCUUAAUGUAGAACUUCGGCAAACUUAAUUUUUAUGAACACAAAUUUUACCAAUCCUUAAUGCAACAAAGUGAAAGGACUGGUAAGACCAAGAACCGUUUUGUACAUACAGAAAGGUGAACAGACACACAACCAUUCUAUACAUACUGAUAUUGUUGUUUGCUUACAAAGAUGAGUGAUACAGGCUGUAAGGGUAUCAUGUUUGGUUCAGUCGAAGAAUAUGUUGGUUAUAAUCAAGGUACUGUCCUGUGUCAGUAUAGAUUACUAGGUCAGUAGGUACUGUCCUGUGUCAGUAUAGAUUACUAGGUCAGUAGGUACUGUCCUGUGUCAGUAUAGAUUACUAGGUCAGUAGGUACUGUCCUGUGUCAGUAUAGAUUACUAGGUCAGUAGGUACUGUCCUGUGUCAGUAUAGAUUACUAGGUCAGUAGGUACUGUCCUGUGUCAGUAUAGAUCACUAGGUCAGUAGGUACUGUCCUGUGUCAGUAAAGAUUACUAGGUCAGUAGGUACUGUCCUGUGUCAGUAAAGAUUACUAGGUCAGCAGGUACUGUCCUGUGUCAGUAUGGAUCACUAGGUCAGUAGGUACUGUCCUGUGUCAGUAUGGAUCACUAGGUCAGUAGGUACUGUCCUGUGUCAGUAUGGAUUACUAGGUCAGUAGGUACUGUCCUGUGUCAGUAUGGAUUACUAGGUCAGUAGGUACUGUCCUGUGUCAGUAUAGAUUACUAGGUCAGUAGGUACUGUCCUGUGUCAGUAUAGAUUACUAGGUCAGUAGGUACUGUCCUGUGUCAGUAUAGAUUACUAGGUCAGUAGGUACUGUCCUGUGUCAGUAUAGAUUACUAGGUCAGUAGGUACUGUCCUGUGUCAGUAUAGAUUACUAGGUCAGUAGGUACUGUCCUGUGUCAGUAUAGAUCACUAGGUCAAUAGGUACUGUCCUGUGUCAGGAUAGAUUACUAGGUCAGUAGGUACUGUCCUGUGUAGGUAUAAAUUACUUCGCUAGUAAAUGCUAACCUGUGUUGGAAGAGAUAACAGAAUACAUACUGUACUGGAUUGGAUUUAAAUGCAUUGGUAGUGACAAUUUUUUAAUUUCUCCUUUCUGAGUGUAAGUGCAAUAUUUUAAAUUUGUGUGUUUUUUCCUGUUAUGUUUGGAUGUUGAAUGUCAGUGGCUUGCGUCUCUCUGUUAGCUUGUAACACGUUCAAUAUCCUAAUGCAUGUAACAAUGAAUAAUGUAGAUAUAUAUUUUUCUUACUUUUGACCAUCAAUUUGGUUACUAGGGCAACAUGUUUCAGAAUCCUUUUCAUUGUAUAGAUAUAUUUGUAUGUCUUUCUGGUGUCAUUUGUAAUCUACUGUGUAGGACCUCAUCAUUGAUCAAUGGUCUUGAUACUCAUAGUCAUUUCUGCAAUUUAAAAUCAUGUUUGAAGUUUUGUAUUUUACUGUUAGUGCCAAAAAGUAUAAUAUAAAUCCACUUGUAUUUUUAAGUGAAGAAACAAAGAAAUAACAUUCAUAUACUUAGGAUCCUGUACUAAGGGUCCUGUACUAAGGGGCCUGUACUUAGGGUCCUGUACUAAGGGCCCUGUACUAAGGGGCCUGUACUUAGGGCCCUGUACUAAGGGUCCUGUACUAAGGGUCCUGUACUUAGGGCCCUGUACUAAGGGUCCUGUACAUAGGGCCCUGUACUUGGGGUCCUGUACUAAGGGGCCUGUACCAAAGGUCCUGUACAUAGGGGCCUGUACUUGGGGUCCUGUACUAAGGGGCCUGUACUUAGGGUCCUGUACUUAGGGGCCUGUACUUAGGGCCCUGUGCUUAGGGUUCUGUACUAAGGGUCCUGUACUAAGGGUCCUGUAUUUAUGGUCCUGUGCUAAGGGUCCUGUACAUGGGGCCCUGUACUUGGGGCACUGUACUAAGGGGCCUGUACUAAAGGGCCUGUACAUAGGGGCCUGUACUUAGGGGCCUGUACUUAGGGUCCUGUACUAAGGGGCCUGUACUUAGGGCCCUGUACUUAGGGUCCUGUACUAAGGGCCCUGUACUAAGGGUCCUGUACUUAGGGCCCUGUACUUAGGGGCCUGUGCUUAGGGUCCUGUGCUAAGGGACCUGUACUUAGGGUCCUGUAUUUAUGGUCCUGUACUUACGGCCCUGUACUUAGGGUCCUGUACUAAGGGCCCUGUACUAAGGGUCCUGUACUAAGGGCACUGUACUUAGGGGCCUGUACUUAGGGUCCUGUACGUAUGGCCCUGUACUUAAAGCUCUGUUCUUAGGGCCCUGUACUUAGGGGCCUGUACUUAGGGCCCUGUACUUAGGGCCCUGUACUUAGGGUCCUGUACAAAGGGCCCUGUACUUACGGCCCUGUAUUUAAGGCCCUGCUGACAGUGUUGGUAUCCUAUAGUAGGUAAUCACACUGUCUAGUCAGCAUCUGAAUUUUGUCUUUUGUAUGAACUCAAUUUUGUAAAUAUUACCUUCUGAUUUAGAAUCUGUGUAUAGUGAUUUUUUGUCAAAAUAGCAAUUGCAUCUGUAUAGUUGUAAUGUUUUGUAAUUCUGUUCUCUAGAAAUUCUAGCUGUAUACUAUCAAUACUUUGCCAAUGUAAUUUUUUGUAAUUCUGUACUCUCAGAAAGUCUAGCUGUAUACUAUCAAUACUUUGCCAAUGUAUUUGUUUCAGUUACAUUUUUAUAUUGAUGUUGUGGACAAAAUAUUGUCGUAUGUAUUUUGGUAUUGUUGGUUUAAAACUUGCUUCACAGUCUAUGCAACAUCGAACUGACAAACGUUACACAUUUAGUAGCUACAGUCCUGAUUUCUUCUUCACAGUGUAUAUCUUCCAGUUUAGAUAAAGUUAGUGUUGAUCUGCAUUGAAAAUUUUAAUAUUUAUGCUUAUAGUCCAUCCCAGUUGAAGUUUAAAAAAAUAUGUUUAUAAUGAUGUCAUGUGUUGAAGUUUUGUUACAGAAUGUAUUGUUCAUGUUGAUAGUGCCUUCUUUGAUGAUUCUUCUGAUAGUGGUGGUUGAGUAUAUAUCAGAAGUAAUCAGUUUAACCAUGGAGUCACUUAUUUCAUAUAUGAUGUUAUUUUUGAUAAAUAAAAAAACUUAAGAAUACGAA